UAUUUUUUAAAUGGGAUUGUUGUUUUUUAGGUCCAACAUGGAAGGUCAUAAACCAAGUACUAACAAAGAUGAUUUAAUAUUUAAUAUCAUACCCAGAAAAAUUAAACAACUUCCAGAAUCAGACAGGAAUCUGCUUGAAUAUGGAUCAGCAUAUAUUGGACUUAAUGCUGCUUUUGGGGGCCUAAUAGCAAACAGUCUAUUUCGGCAAAUUUUGAACGUGACACAAGCUCGAGUAGCUUCUAGCUUGCCAAUGGCUGUGAUCCCAUUUUUGACAGCAAACCUGUCCUACCAUAGUUUUGUAAGUUUACCUUUGAGUACAGGUAAUUUGAACUGUGAAAUCUGUACGACAACACGGGGUGCACUAGUUGGUUUUGUUCUGGGUGGUCUGUACCCCAUCCUUUUGGCUAUACCUGUGAAUGGGGGCCUUGCUGCCAGGUAUGAAUCAAGUCCUCUACCACAGAGGGGAAACAUCUUCAAUUACUGGAUUACUAUUUCUAAGCCUGUCUUUAGAAAAAUGUUAUUUCCUACUUUACUUCAGACUGCUUUUGCGGCAUAUCUUGGGUCUAGACAAUAUAAACUCCUCAUAAAGGCCCUUCACUUACCUGAACCUGAUUUAGAAAUUCAUUGAUUUGAAGCAAAUAUGUACAAAAAUAAAAUGUUGAAAAU